AUGAGGGCAAAUCCUUUAAGGAGAUUCCCCAUUAUAUGUAUGGAAAGAUGCCCACUGUUUGUAUUGAUGAUAUCAAAUAUUUGUGCAUUUGAUUUGAAGUGCAAAAUACUGAAUUAUCCUCGGUUCAACAUCAGAUCAGUUUUUGAUAAAGAUGCUUAUCAUGCAAAUAUUAAGCUUCUACGAAUUUCAACAGGUUUGGGAACUGCAGAAUGUGUAGAAGCGUUGAAGAAAACGAACAAUGAUGUUAGGAAGGCAAUUUCACUAUUAUCAAAUGUAGAAUAUGAGAAUAAAAUGCCGACGGGUGACUUAAUUCCGCUAUAUGAAGGGGUAUCUACCACGUCUAUAGGGAAGAAAUAUGCUAGCAUCAUUGAACUUAGAUGUCAAACAAGUUUUGUAAGUUGUAAUUCAAUGUUUGGAAAUCUUGCAGCAAAUAUAGCUUCCGCAAUCACUGCAAUUGCAGAUGCGAAUAACAGUAAAAAUGUCAAUUUUCAAGAUAUAUUUGAUAAAAAAUGUUUGGUCUGCAACGAUAGUUUGGAUAAAACUGCUAACCGCGUAAAAAGGUCUCUUCAAGAAACAAUACUUUUUACCAGAUUUGGGAUCAUUGAAAAGCCGGAAAAUUCACAUUUCUCGGCCUAUUCUCACAAAACAAAUCAUUCUUGCUCAAGUGAAGUAGGCCCAUCGACCUCACUCGUAUCGUUUACCACCAAGAACUCUGAAAUCGUUGAGAAUUAUAAUUUAAAAUCUGAUACAUCAUGUAUUGCCAGGGGGGAGAGAUGUAUUUAUCACCUGGAGGUUAAAUCGAGAGUUAAAGGAUCUGAAUUCGCCCGGGAAAUCGCAACGCACAUAGUGGCCGCCUCCCCAACGGGAAUGUCAUUUGAUGAUAUAGGAGAUACCUAUACGGCAGAGAAGGAAAAGCUUACUGCAGAAAUAGCAAAUACUGGCAAACCACCGGAGAUAAUUGAUAAAAUUGUGCAGGGGAGGCUUAGGAAGCAAUUUGCAGAAUCCUUACUGCUAGAACAGGAAUGGUCACUUGGGAACUCUACUACCAGACAGGUGAUACAGAAUUACAACAAAAAAACAGGAGAUGAAUUCAAAAUAAACUCUUUUAUUGUAUUCAACGUGAAGGAUGACAUGCUGCUGAUCGCAAACAAAUCGGAUGAUUAUACAGAAAUUAAUUCAAUAAACCACUCCUUCUAG